AUGGAGUUAAGAAAAAAAAUGGAAGCAAAGAAAGAAGAGAUUAAGGGAGAAAUCGAGAAAGUAAAAAAAAAUAUAAGGGUAAGAGAUGAAGAAUGGAAACGGGAAAAAGAGGAAUUAUUCAAGGUUAUCGAAUCAUUAGAGGAAAGGAUAAAUAAAUUUGAAUAUGGAGAGGAGAACAAUGAUGGUCACGCAAGAUAUGGUGGUGAACAGAAGGAGCAAAGAUACAGAUUAGAAGAAGAGGCAAUACGACGUAAACAAGACAUAAUUGAGAAAGAGGUUGAAAGAAUGAAGAGGAUUAUAGAGGCACAAGAGAAAAAAGAAAGAAAGAAUAACAUAGUUAUUCGAGGCCUAAAGGUCAAUGAUGCAAAAGUGGUUGAAGAGACAGAAGAGUUUUUGAAGGAAAAUUUAGAAGUUAGAGUUAAACUGCGCGUGGCGUUCAAACAGGGAAAAGAAGGUAAAAAAUUCAUUGUGGCAAAAUUAAAUUGCUGGGAAGAUGAGGAGGAAAUAAUAAAAAAGAAAAGUCAACUAAAAUGA